CUCCAAGAGAAACACAUCUCUCACUUCUUAACACAACACACAAAAAAUGGCUCCUCAAAUGGAAUUUGUCUCCAAGACUCAACAUUACCUCAAGGUCAAGAAACCCCAACUGGAACGUGAACGACGUGCUCGCAUCAACAAGUGCCUAGAUAACCUUAAAGAAUUGGUUGCCGAAUUCCAGGGCAAUGACUCAAUUUUACACAUGGAUAAAGCUGAAAUGUUAGAAAAUGCAGUCAACUUCAUCAAGACUCAAGUUCGCAAACCAAAAGUUACAACUCGUCCUCAAAUGCCUAUGGAUUCCUUCCGCCAUGGUUAUAUGAAUGCUGUCAAUGAAGUAUCCCGUGUCAUGGCUGCCACCCCCGGCAUGAGUGUCCAAUUGGGCAAAGCUGUUAUGAUUCACCUGGGUUGUGAAUACAAUCGUUUGUCGGAAGCAACUACUCCAAUUGAAAAUACAGCUCCCAUGUCCCCAGCAUCAUCCGGUUAUCAUAGUGAUGAGGAUAUUUCACCAGCCGCAUCACCAGCUCCCUCUACUCCUAUAUGGCGUCCAUGGUAG